ACUUUUGCAAAAAAUUCUUUCCCUAAAUGGUGAUACACGCGUGCAAACAUGGUCAUGCAAUUGCCAAUGCACUUGAACUUGGAAUUGGAUGCGUUUACACCAGUGGUUCACACGCCUUCUCAAAUCAAACUCGACCAAACUUCAAUGCUCGAAUACCUGCAAACAACCUGGACUGGGUAGAUAGAUUGUUAUUGUAAAUGUGUUUUUGAAGCGAAAGAAAUGCUGCACGAAGUUUUAUUGUCUCUUUGGGGUUGCACGACUAAUGUCGUACAAAUUAUAGAUACUGAUUUUUUAGAAACCGAAAAGCUUCUACAUCCUGGAGAACAAGCUUUGAUAAAAAAAAUUUUAGGCAUUGCAGAGGAAUGUAAUGCAGUGAGAAAUUUUAUAAAUGCCCAUACCUCUGUUAUUGGUGCUCCGACUGACGCAACUGGAAAUAUAAAAUGGGGCCUUUAUCUGCAGGCCUUAUGUGACGGUAUGGAACAAGCAAUACAGCCGUUUCGUGAAGAUGUUAUCGAUUUAGAAAAAAUUGUGCUGAAUGACGCGUACACGCCAUUGACUUUCAUAUUAUCACGAAUACAAAAAUAUGUCUGUUUAUUCUCAGUUCUGAAUUCCAUAAUAAGUGAGAUUCGAACACAAAAAGUUCAUGGCUGUAAAGUAUUACAAUACUUGCAUCAACACAUGCACACUGGGGUGCCUGAAGUGCGGCAGGCUUUAGAAAAGAUGAUGUAUUGCUGUCAUGUCGUGUUUUAUAAACAACUAUCCAGUUGGCUCUUAUACGGAAUUCUGGAAGAUGUUCAUAACGAAUUUUUCAUUCAAAGAGCAUCUCAACCACAGGAUAGUUUGGUUCUAGCCAAGAGUAAAGACAGUUCUGGUAUAGCAGAUGAAAAAUCAUCAAAAAAUUUAUGUGCAGAUAUGUGGGAUUACGAAAUAAAAAUCCAUGUACUGCCAUCGUAUAUAAGGCCAUCAUUAGCUGUUAAAAUAUUGACAAUUGGCCAAACUAUUAUCAUGUUUGGAAAUGAUCCCAGACAAAAAAAAGAUCUGAGUAUAUUCACAAAGGCUGAAAACUCAAUAUGGGGAGCAAAAGAGUACGAGCACUUCCGCGAGUUACAGAAUUUGAAAAAUAAAAGAACUUUUGAUAUAAUCGAAUUCGAAAGAACUGUCGAUGAACUCAAACAGUGUGUUACUGAACACUUAUGGAGAGUCGCAGUUGAAGAAGCACAGCUUAUGCAUCAAAUUAAAUUAAUAAAAGACUUUUUUUUACUGGGUCGUGGUGAAUUGUUCCUCGAAUUCAUUAGAUUAGCAGGUCACAUAUUAAACAAAAAACCCACUAGUCAUACCACUAGGGAUGUAAACUUAUCAUUCCAAAUAGCUGCACGGAAAAUGCUCCUACAUGAUGAGAGCACAACGGAAAGUUUUGACUUUCUUGUUCCUGUCCCAGAGAUUGAAAAUGAAGUUGGUGAAGAACCAGAAGAUGGGGAAUUUUCAAGAAGAGAACGUGAAGACCCUAUUGACACAAGAGGAUGGGGUCUGAUUCAGCUUCAGUAUAAAGUAGUCUGGCCAUUGCAUUUGUUGUUCAGUCCAAUGGCGUUGUGCGAUUACAAUGCAUUAUUUCGAUUUUUGUUGAGAGUAAAAAAAACACAAAUUAAUUUACAAAAUCUAUGGUCCGAACACAUGCGAACGAAAAAUAUUGAUAUUGGAGUGAUGCAGUUGAGAAACAACUUGAUGUUUGUUAUCAAUAAUUUACAGUAUUACUUACAAGUAGAUGUACUAGAAAGUCAAUACACAAUUAUGGAAAACACUAUGAAAAAUACACGCAACUUUGAGGAGAUUCAAAAAGGACAUUCUGUAUUUCUAGCCAACAUUAUGUCACAAACAUUUCUGUUCCAAGGUUCCAGUGAUAAAGUCAACCCAGUCAACAAGUUGAUAAGAAUAUUGUUACGGCUGUGCGAUGAUUUCAUACUGCAAGCACCCAUGUGGGAAUUGGGUAAUUUACUAGUGACUGAAAAAGAAGAACUCAAAGCAUUAGCCGACACUUUAAACAGCCUCAUGGAUUGGCUAACAAAAACUUUAAACAAAGUACGGGCACAACCAGCAGGGACACAUUUGGCACAGCUAUUACUGAGACUUGAUUUUAAUAGAUGGUUCAGUGGAAAAUCCUGAAUAGUUUCAGCAAACUU